GUGAUGAUAUGGGGAACAUGACUUCAUUGACAACUCUUCUUGUAAGUCGCACGGCCAUAAGUAAAGUACCACAUUCUGUGGUUAAUCUGGAGUUGGAUUCUUCAUCUUUACAGGACCUGAUUCGUGUGAAACACCGUAACCCAGACGUGCUUAGAUACCAUCUUCCUGCUCUAACACAAGGCUUUACCUCUUUAGAUAUGGGAAACAGUAGUGUUCAUAGCCCUCCGGAAGGUCAAAGUUUGAAUAAUUGCAUUCUGGAAAGUGGAGAUUUACCAACUAGAUCGAAGGACUUGGAAUCAGAUCACUGUGUUGCACUUGCAAUAAUUCCAAGUUCUCCUAAAGCGUCCAGGAAGAGGAUCCUACAGGGAUCGACUGCAAAUGGAGAGGGUGGCGUUUUUCCCAAUUAUUACAUUAGCCCCAGUGACCACUCCAAUCUGAAACGUAGGUGUUUCAAUUAUUGCGCAAGCCUUCCUCAUAACGGAGAUUUAGAAACUAGUUUGAAGGAGUUGGAAUCAGAUCACUACACUAAAGCACUUGAAGUUGUUCGGAACUUUUCAGAAACUUCGAGGCAGAGCAUUCUGCAGGGAGGAUUGACUGCAUUGGAAGAUGGAGGCAUUUGUUUGUCUGGAAAUGAUUUUCCAAAGCGGUUCAUAAAUGUCAGAAAAAGUGAUCAAGUCUUUUUCCAAGUGCCUCAAAUUAUUGGUUGCAAUUUGAAAGCUUUGACUGUGCGCGUCGUCUGUUCCCUCUAUUUCAGCGGCGACGACAUGUCUCCAAAGCGUAGAUCCAUUUUUGUUACAAAUCACACCAAGCUCGUUUGUGUUGUUGUCCGGCCAGCAUAUCCCACUGAAAUAACUUCACUACAUGAAGUUAUUUGGCAGGGACAUUUAUCAAACAAUCAGCUCAGGUUAGAAGGCCACGACUUUGUUGAGGUUGAAGUUGUAGCUGGAGCUGGUUUGAGAGUGAAGGAAACAGGGGUCAGUCUAGCAUGGGAUCCCAAUCUUAUCAUUGAAAAUAUGAUUGAGUGUGAGCCUAUCCCAUAUGAAAAUUUCAGGAGUGAUGCUGAUAAUCAGGCUGGACCAAGUAAUGACUCAUGACUCAUCUGAUGAUCAAGACCGACCUUCGAAAAGUUUAAAGUUACCGAGUGAUGCUGAUAACCAGGCAGGACCAAGCCAUGGCUCAUCCAAUGGGAUUAGGAUCCUCUCCUUGGCUAGCUAUUGGCCUUGUUUAUCCUUAACAUUGAAUCCAAGCCGUUCACUUGAAAUCCUAAGGCUAAGAAUAUGACAAGUCAACAACUCCCACUAAAACUCAAUAAAUGUAGCAUUUAAAUGUAAACGCCGUUUGCUAUGAGGAUAAAAACGUUAAAAUGCAUGAGUUCUCUUCUUCCUCAGUUCUCUCCUCUCACA